AUGAAGUUAUCUCGUACUUGUUCUUAUUUGUUGUGGUGGUGUUGGUGCCCUUUGCUUUUGACAUUUGUUCUCGACGUCAAAGUGAGUUCCGGAGCGAGAAGUAAUGACGACUUCCCCCGGAAACAGGACAAAGACAGACCGGAAAGCGGCGGCGAUCGGAGAAUCGUGAAACGGAGUUUCAAAUUCACCGCCGAGGAGUUGCUCAACACGGAGUUUCCGAAGAAGAUCAGCAACGAUAUCGAUGUCGAUCCUUGCAAAGCAGGUGGUUUUCUCGGUGACAUAGCCUUACCAGAUGUAAAGUACGAGACAGAACUGAACGCCAAAAAAAUAAACGAAACUUUGCAGAGAGAAUUGGAAAGAUUGAAGCAAGAAGUCUUCCAUGAAGGUCUACAAGUUGAGGAAGAAGGUCUUCCUGAAUUAUUCAGAAAAAGGGCUAAGCAACCUGGUUCGGUAGGACCAUCUAGGAAGAUCAAUGAUCCUGCCUUGACAUCAAGGGAAUCUAAGGCAAUUAACAUCCGUCCUUACAAAACAAUUCACGGAUUCAACAAUGCAGAAAUCUACGUUGCCAAUUCGUACACAACUUCCUCUAAAAAUAAUCGACUGACGUCUUCCACAAAAUCAACAAAUCAGCAGUCAUCAACUAAACCUCCUUCAGAAAUCGAGGGCAAAACUAUAAAUGAUUCCAGUGCUCUUGAACAAAAUGGUGUUCUGGCAAUUAACAUGAGCAAGGCUAAUCUUUUGAAGUUGCAAAAUUUGGAUCUGAUUGUUGGAACCAGGGGACGAGAUGUGGAACCUGCCGAAAAAAUUGGGAAAGUUCAGAGUAAUAGUAGAGAAAUUACUGGUGAUGCCAAUGGAAAUCUUCAACAAAAACGUGAAAUCAUCAUCCAACCUACGACAGAAACUAUUCCUAGAACAACUGAACCAAGAAGGUUUAGUGACACAGGACCUUUAGAAAGACCUGGUGUAUUGACAGCUUCUUCAAAUGAAAAUCAACCUAGGAAAAGACGUCAUGGUACGAGAAGAAGUGACCGCAAACCAAAAAAAGAAGAAUCAGCCACCGAACCACUUAUCAUAGAAGGCGACAUCGUAAUUUCAGAAACCAGACCAAUUCCAAGACGCAAAAAUUUGCGAAAAAAUCAUAAAAACCACUCCAAAAAAUUAGGGGUGACACCAUCAUAUAAACAGGAACUUAAAACAUCCAAAGGCAAAAAACAUAAGAACGAGGACCCACUUUUAGGUGAAGAUUACGUAAUAUCGGUGAAGACAAAAGUUGGUAAGAGGAAGAAGAAUAAAAAUAGGAAAAUUGUGCCAAAGUCUGAAGAUUUGCAGAAGAAAGUUGAAGAUUUGGGAACUGAGAAUAAACAAAAAGUUCAGAAGCAACUGGAGGAUGAAAUUUUGUUUCAGGAUCAACCGUUUUAUCAAAACACUAAAGAUUCCGGAUCUUCCCAACGUUCCUCCCGAAACCACUUCUUAGAAGACGAAAUACUCUUCGAGGAGCAACCCACUGGUCACCACCAAGACUAUCAACAAGAGCACAGAAGGGCCACAAGGGCUGCAACUGCCCGAAAGGAAAGAGUUUGGGACAAUGGUGUAAUUCCCUAUGAAAUCGAUGGAAAUUUUAGUGGUCAACACAAGGCGUUAUUUAAACAGGCCAUGAGACAUUGGGAAAAUUUUACUUGCGUUAAAUUCGUGGAGAGAAAUCCUGUGGAGCAUCCUAAUUUUAUUUUGUUCACUGAACGACCAUGCGGAUGUUGUUCCUUCGUGGGAAAACGCGGAAAUGGACCACAAGCUAUUUCCAUUGGUAAAAAUUGCGACAAAUUUGGUAUAGUUGUCCAUGAAUUGGGCCAUGUUGUUGGAUUUUGGCACGAACACACCAGGCCUGAUAGAGAAAAUCAUGUCCAGAUCGUCAGAGAAAAUAUCAUGUCAGGUCAAGAAUACAACUUCAACAAACUGACAGACGAAGAAGUGAAUUCUCUAGGUCUUCCCUACGAUUAUGAUUCCAUAAUGCACUAUGCCAGAAAUACAUUUUCUAAAGGAACUUAUUUGGACACUAUUUUGCCUAUUGAAUCUGCUUUGAAUAAUAGGAAGAAACCAGAAAUUGGACAAAGAUUGAGACUCAGCGAAGGAGAUAUUGCACAGACUAAUUUGCUUUAUAAAUGUCCAAGUUGUGGUCAGACUUUGCAAGAAAACACUGCAGCUUUCACUUCACCUUCUUAUCCAAUUCACCUGAACCCACCAGGAGUUGACCAGCAACGCUGCGAGUGGCGGAUUACUGCAACUCAUGGGGAAAGAAUUGUGCUGAAUGUUACUGAUUUGGAUGUAUUCAAAUCUGAUAAUUGCAGAACUGAUUAUUUGGAAAUACGAGACGGUUACUAUUACAAGUCACCACCUUUGGGAAGAUUUUGUGGGAGUGGAAGAAUUACAGAUGCAGUUGUGUCAACUGGAAGCAGAAUGCUGGUGACUUAUGUAACAUCACAAAAACAGAAUGGACAUCGAGGAUUCAGUGCCAGUUAUGAAGCUUUAUGUGGUGGAGAACUAGACCUAGAUGCCGGUGGUCAUUUGGAAUCUCCAAAUUACCCAGAAGAUUAUCAGCCAAGUAAGGAAUGCGUUUGGAGACUUACAGUUCCUGAAGACUAUCAAGUUGCUCUCAAAUUCCAGUCAUUUGAAGUAGAAAAUCAUGACAAUUGUGUAUACGAUUAUGUAGAAGUUCGUGAUGGACAUGCUUUGGAUAGUAGACUUAUUGGAGUUUUUUGUGGGUAUCGUGUACCACCAGAUAUUAGGUCAACUUCUAAUAAACUGUUGGUGAAAUUCGUUUCGGACAGUUCAGUACAAAAAGCAGGAUUUUCAGCUAUUUUCAUGAAGGAGUACGAUGAAUGUGAACAGGUCGACCAUGGCUGUCAACAUGAAUGUAUAAAUACUUUAGGAUCAUAUGAAUGUUCCUGCAAUAUUGGCUUUGAAUUGCAUUCUGAUGGUAAAACUUGUGAAGAUGCUUGUGGCGGAAUUUUCGAUUCGGCAAAUGGCACCAUAACGUCACCAUCUUUCCCUGAAAUGUAUCCAUCGAGCAAAAGUUGUGCCUGGGAAAUUUUAGCACCACCUCAAUAUAGGAUUACCUUGAAUUUCACGCAUUUUGAUUUGGAAGGAAAUAAUGUAUACCAGCAGGAAUGCGAAUACGACAGUUUGACUGUACAUAGCAAAAUGGGUGAAGACAUCUACAAAAAACAUGGAAUUUUCUGCGGAUCUCGGAUGCCUCCAAUGGUGACAUCAGAAAAAAAUGCAAUGAGAAUCGAAUUCACAUCUGACAAUAGUGUGCAGAAAUCAGGAUUUGCUGCUGUCUUCUUCACAGAUAAAGAUGAGUGUGCGACCAACAAUGGAGGAUGUCAGCACGAAUGUAGAAAUACAGUAGGAUCUUAUGUUUGCUCCUGUCAUAAUGGAUUUACUCUUCAUGAUAAUAGACAUGAUUGCAAAGAAGGAGGUUGUAAAUAUGAAAUUACUGCACCAACAGGCAACAUUUAUAGUCCAAAUUAUCCAGACUUGUACCCAGCUCGAAAAGAUUGUGUAUGGCAUUUCACAACUACACCAGGACAUCGUAUCAGAUUGCUGUUCAAUCGAUUCGAAUUGGAACCUCAUCAGGAAUGUGCAUACGAUCACGUCGCCAUCUAUGAUGGUCCAGGACCUGAUAGUACAACCUUAGGAAGAUUUUGUGGAUCCAAAUUACCACAUGCUGUGUUAGCAAAUUCAAACCAAAUGUACAUGGUGUUUAAAUCGGAUCAGUCUGUUCAAAGGGUUGGAUUCUCUGCUACGCAUUCUACAGCUUGCGGCGGCCAUUUACAAGUGACAUCUGAAGUAAAACAUCUUUACUCUCACGCCAAAUACGGUGACCACGACUACGCAAAUAGAGCAGAUUGCGAAUGGACUCUAGAAGCACCUAUCGGCAAAAGUGUGCAACUAAAUUUCCUACGUUUCGAUUUGGAAGACGAACGCCAAUGUGCUUAUGACUUUGUUGAAGUCUUUAAUGGAUUGGACGAUAAUGCUGCAUCAUCAUUUGGAAAAUUCUGCGGCAAAACGACUCCAUCAGAAAUAAUUUCAGGAAACGAAGCCCUCCUAAUUCGUUUCCAUACAGACGACACAAUGGUUCUCAAAGGUUUCUCAGCAUCCUACGUUGCAGUUGAACCGGUCGGUGGAAUUUUCACCGACGAAUAUGCAACAUCAAGAAGUUACAAUGAAAAUAUCAACGUUAACAACAAUCAUCAUACAAUCAAUAUUGAAGAACCAGAUGAUACAUCUGAAUCUGAAGACGAGGAUGAAGAUGAAACUAACGAAGAUUUAGAUGGAUUAGACUCAAAGUGGCCCCCUAUUUCGUUACCUUUGAUGGAUCAUAGAAAGGACUUGAGGAAAAAUAGUGCUGGUAUUCAUAAGUAG